UUUACGGAUAUAAACCGAUUUCCUCCACAUUAUAUGGAAUAAAAUACUGAUUAAAAUGAUACUAAAUAUAAAGCAUAUCCUGUGGUUGUAUUGCUGCUGUCAAGCUGCAGUUGGAAUGGCCUCCAACACAAUAUCGAUGAUGAGGCCAGUAAGUGGGUCCCUCUCCGGGAAGGUAAACCUGCCGUGCUUUUUCUCUACCAUCCCAACCUCUGCACCUGUCAUCAGUGCCAAUGGAACUGCUAUUUUCAGCAAAGAUUACUUGCGCAUCAAAUGGACCAAAAUAGAGGGAGAAGUAGAAUCAACAGUACUGGUGGCACAAAAUGGCGUCAUAAAGAUAGGCUCCAGCUACAGGAGCCGUGUGUCAGUGCCAAGUCAUCCUGAGGAUGUGGGUGACGCCUCGCUUACAAUGGUCAAGCUGCGUGCCAGUGAUGCGGGCACCUACCGCUGUGAGGUCAUGUAUGGCAUUGAGGACACCCAGGAUACAGUUAACCUUGACGUCAAUGGUGUUGUCUUUCACUACCGGGCAAGCACCAGCAGGUACACCUUAGACUACCACAAAGCUGUCCAGGCUUGCCAAAAUAUUGGAGCAACCAUUGCUACAGCUGACCAACUGAGAGCAGCCUACGAGGAUGGCUUUGACCACUGUGAUGCUGGCUGGAUUGCUGACCAGACAGUCAGAUACCCGAUUACUACACCGAGGCGUGGCUGCUAUGGCAACCUACAGAGUAAACCUGGGGUUAGAUCAUACGGAACCCGGAAAACUACGGAGACAUAUGAUGUGUACUGUUACGUCGACAAGCUUGAUGGUGAGGUGUUCUAUGCUCCUGUGACCCGUAAGAUGACUUUUGCGGAGGCCACUGAAGAGUGUAAGAGGAGGAAUGCAGUCCUGGCAUCCCCUGGCCAGCUCCACUCUGCCUGGCGACAGGGCUUGGACCGAUGUGACUAUGGCUGGCUCUCUGAUGGUAGCGCACGACACCCUGUUGCUGUACCCAGAAUUCAGUGCGGUGGAGGCCUGCUUGGUGUCAGGACCAUGUACCGCUACAGAAACCAGACUGGCUUCCCAGAACCCUCUACUAAGCUGGGAGCUUACUGCUUUAAAGGCAUUCACUCAUGUGCAGAGAAUGUCUGUCUGAAUGGAGGAUCUUGCUACAAGAGUGGCAGCUUCUAUUCAUGUAGCUGUGCCCCUGGUUACAGUGGAGUUCGCUGUGAAACAGAUGUUGAUGAGUGCCACUCGAACCCCUGCCGCAAUGGAGGUACAUGUGUCGAUGGGCUGGCUUCCUUCACAUGUGUGUGCCUCCCUAGCUACUCUGGCUUGUAUUGUGAACAGGAUACAGAGACAUGUGACUAUGGCUGGCAUAAGUUCCAGGGCCACUGCUACAAGUAUUUCCCCAGCAGGAGAAACUGGGACACAGCAGAGAGGGAGUGUCGCAUGCAUGGGGCUCAUCUCACCAGCAUCGUCUCCCAUGAGGAGCAACAGUUUGUCAAUCGUCUUGGACAGGACUACCAGUGGAUUGGCCUGAAUGAUAAGAUGUAUGACAGCGACUUCCGCUGGACUGAUGGCAGCCCUCUGCAAUAUGACAACUGGAGGCCAAACCAGCCCGACAGCUUCUUCUCCUCUGGCGAGGACUGUGUGGUGAUGAUCUGGCAUGAGGACGGCCAGUGGAAUGACGUUCCUUGCAACUACCACCUGACUUUCACCUGCAAGAAGGGCACAGUGGCCUGCAGCCAACCCCCACUAGUGGAGAAUGCACAUACCUUUGGAAAGAAGCGUGAGCGGUAUGAGAUCAACGCACUGGUGAGGUACCAAUGCCGGAGCGGAUUCAUUCAGAGGCACGUACCAGUCAUCCGCUGUCGAGGGGACGGACGAUGGGAUAUUCCCAAAAUCUCCUGCAUGACCCCAUCAAGCUACCAAAGAGUGUUUACCAGAAGACACCAACACACCAGACUGUACAGCAUCAACAACUUCAACCAAUGGCCUGGGGAGACUAUCCGCUAUCACCAUCAGCGCUACAGGGGAAAGAGAGACAGGACUGUACACAAGCUAAAGAGACAGUGAUUGUCAUGGGACAUGGCACAACCUUCCUGAAACAAGACGAGAACACAUGGCGGUCGCUUGUGUGGGGGAAAAGGAAAAGAAGCCUCAAAAGCAAAGGACAAGAGAAAGCUCACAGAAGAAAUCCUGAGGAUGACCUGCAGUUUUCUUGAAUUUUGGGUGACGAUGGAAUCUUAUCAAGUGCCUUUUUAAAAAGAUAAUGUUAUUACAUGAUAUUCUUAUGAAGGGACACUAUUUUAUACAAAUGCCAAUGUGGAUUUUAAAAAAGCAAAAACAAAACUUUCAGCUGGCUACUGGAAAAGCAAAAAGUACGCUGCUCUCUUUUAUGAAUCUGGAGGCUUUUAAAAAAACAUAUAUUGCAUUCAUGACCAUUGUAUAACACGUUUUUUACACAGACUGUGCUCUUAAAAAUCACCAAGUGUUCCUUAAACAAAGAUGCCAAAAAAUAGCUUUAAUGGAAUUAUAGCGCUUAUGUUAAAUAAAGGAAUCCAUUUUAUUACUUAGCUGUUUGAGCUGGACUUCAAUCAAUCAGUUUUAUGAGUAUGCAUACAUAUCGACUUUGAAGUCCUCAGCUUUGAAUAACUAUGUAUUCUAUGCCAAGAGGUCCAUGUUUGGUUUCUCAGAGCGCCAAUGAAGUCAUCAGUGGUAUUAAUGGUUGUUUUAAUGACGUGUCGUUUACAUUACUUGGGUGGUACAGCACAUCCAUAGAACAACUGUUAGGAAAACUUUAAACAGAAUCAUUCUCCGAGCUUCAGACUUUAUCAAUAGAAGCAAGAGGCACAUUCGAGAAAAAAAAAAAAAAAAGGCUUCAUAGCUUUCCUUGCAGCAACUCAGAUUCCAGAUUAAUAAGGCAUAUAAGAAGCCUGGAGGAAUCUCAUCCUAUCAUGUUUUAACUGCUGG